UGUCUAGGAUGUACUUUUUUUAGCUUUUAGUGUUUGGCUAAUUCAAUGAGCAGUGUUAUCACUUCACUGAAAUAUGAAUUUAGUUUUUCUUAAUAUUUUCUGAUAUAUUUGUUUAACUGAAAGGUAGAUGUGAGACUAUCUUGGAUCAUGUGUUGCCUGUUUAUAGUACACUUUAAUGGAAUUUUAUAGCUAAAAUCAAGCUUAGGUAACACAGAAGUGAAAUUCUAACAAUUCCUUGAUUCCAUUAUGUAUUUUAUGUAAGUGUAGAGUAUAUACACUUAAUUUUUUUGAAAUCAAAACCAGGUAACCAGAAAUUGAGUGUCUGCAGUGCAAUGAUGUUGAAUUCUUACCCUUACAUGUUUUAUUAGAUCUAAUUUGAAUAACCUGAAAAGUGCCUAAGAAUUUGCUUGGGGAGAGUUAGUUUGGAGCAGGAUCCAAACCAGUGAGCACACUUAGCAGGAAGCCACCUAACGGUGCGCUUAACGUGCAGCUUGUAGUGGUCUUGCAAGGGUUAGGUGACAAGGGUUAGUCCCUGACAACAGGGACUACUGUAAAAAUCUCAGACCUGAUCAAAACUGUAAGAAGCAAUUUUCCCUUUAGGAUCAUCUCUUGAAGGUAAGUGCUCUUAUUCUGAUUGAGAGCCAAGUAAGUUCUGUCUUCCUUUUAAAAGCUAUUCAGUGUUAAAGUAGAUAGUUAAGAACAGUCUCUGGAGCAGGUGACUAACUCCCAAAUCUCAGUGGCCAUCUUCUAGAUUAGUUUUGAACUCUGAGCUAGUGAAUCUAUUGGGAGGGCAAAAAAAGGAGGUGAAGCUUGUGGGAUACUUUAGCUGGAAAUUAAAGUGCUCUCCAGAGACACUCAAAUGGUAUGACUUCUCAGAUGGGAAGGUUUGGACCUUAGGCUUGCUCUUUCAGGAUGAUAGCUGUAGUCACUUGGCAGUUGUAUAGGAAAGAGUGAUCCCCUUGACUGACAUGUAGAUGUGAAUAUUCUGUGUGUGUUGUGCUUUGGUCUCCUGAGAGAACUUUUGUGCAUAGGAGUGGGUGAGAAUAUCAAUGAGUGUAAACUUUUCCAUUCAUGCUUAUAGUUGCUUUAGUUAAAGACUAAACUCUUGAGUAGUCCAGGGCAGAAGAAUGCCUGUUUUCUCUUUACUGUUCCAACUUGGUUACACUCUGCAUGCUGAGUUGCUCAUUUCUGUCACUAAAAUGCCUCUGGGUGUGUUCAAAGAUGCAACUCUAGACUACUUGGGAACUUUUCAGUUCAAACAUGGGAAGUGACUUUGGCAAGGCAGUUGAGCAAGAGUUUCUCAAGAUAACAAUUUUAAACACAGGUAGGAUUUCAGUGAAAUCCUUUCCCACUAUCCUUACUUCUUUUCUAAUCUAGGCUGUGCUGAGCAGUUUAUUUUAACUGAGUAACUUCAUUGUUUUCACUGAACAUAAUCAUGUUCAACAUUUCUUGGUCUAUACUUUGCCAGCUGGAAGUAUCUAAAUUACAACAGUAUUUCUCAGACACGAAGAUAAGCAGGGUGGGAAAGGUAGGAUGGGGAAGUAAUUUCCGUUUGUUAAGUGCUGGUCUUGUUUGGCAGUGAUUAUUGCAACUAUAAAACCUUUCUUGAAGUGAAAGUUUAGACAUCUCAGAACAGUGUGUAGAAUUUAGCAGGAAGUGUAGGAGCCAUAACUUGAUUUCUGAGCACAGCAAAUCCAAAGACAGCCCAACUGUAUUUAAUUCUUACAGGCAUGAAGUUGAUUGUGUGCCUGGUUGAUUAUUAGAAGUGAUCAUUCCCACAUGUUUUACUUCUCAGCCAUUGUUUUAAUUCUCAGAAAGUUUUAGUGGUAAAAAUGGGUAAAUGUGGUUUGUAUCUGGCAACUGGAUACAUUAAUGUGUUGAUAUUUUACCAUUUAUGAACUGUAGGACCUGAGGUGGACUAAAACUGAUGUGAGUCAACUUUAUUACACUCAAAAUGAGUGUGAGCAGUGAAGGUAGCUCAUAGGUCUAUGGCUAUAUUCAAAAAGUCUAGCACAAAAAAAAAACAAAAACACCUUGCAAAAGAAUUUGUGUUUUAAACCAUUGAUGAGUCCAUAGGAUGGUUUUUGUUGGGGAUUUUUGAUUUGUUUUACUAUCUAAAAGUACAGGCAGAGCUGUAACUUCAGUUGCUAGAGCAGUUUAAUUCAGCUGCAGAACCUAUUAUCAAUGUUAAAUUAGAGCUUAAGAAGUAGGUCACUUACUACUAGGAGUUUGAUGUGUCUUACCUUUUAAUAUUGAUAUCUAACUUUUCUUGUGUUGUUUGAAAGCAAGACACAGAACAAAGCAGGUGACCUAUCUGGAGACAGUUUUCUAUCUGAGGACUUAUCCUGAAACAUCCACAGUCUCCCUUUAUGUCUGUGCAGUUGUUUUGAGGAGUUUACCUUCAACCUUAAUACAGUAAGUGGUUUUUAAGGAGGUAAGCAGCUAGCACUAGAAAUUACAUACAGGAUAUGCUUAUUAAAAAGAGUAUUUUUGAACUUAAAUAUUUGUAGAGCUUGAUUGCAAUUACAGUCGAAUCCAGGUGCUUUCAUUCGUGUGGUUUUUCAGACUGGGUUUCCUUUAAUAUUUUGACUGCUUUCCAUUUUAGUUUUCAGACUUGUAAUACAUGUUUUGAUCCUGUAAUACAAGAAUAAAAACCAACGUGGAGAAUUUCUAUACUUACGAUGCUCUCGUAAAGUUAAUGCUCCUAUCUUGCACUUGUGUUCUCUGUGGAUGGGUAAAGGCUGAUGCUCUGAGAGUCUUCCAGUGGUGUAAUCAAGCAACAUUUGCAUUUGUCUUAUGUGAAAGUUUUCCAAAUUGUUGAGAUUUAUUUUCAUGCAGUUGUUAAACCAGUGCUUCCAGCCCCAAGGAUCAAUAAGGCAUCUCUUUUUUUUUUAAUCCUGUAUUAUUUGGACUGUUGGAAAGGAAUUAAAAAGCUUUGACUGAAUUGGUUGAACUAAUUGUUAAAUCUCUAGUGUUGCUGCCAGAUGAGUUUGUGUAUCAGUCUCAUGACUAUCUGAAGAUACUCAUAGCACACAGGAGCGUUAUUUGAGUGAAUUAGCAGUGCUCUAUUUGGAGUGGAAAGGGUGAACUAUACAAGUCAAUCCUUAGAUACAGUUGUUCUUGCUAAGAUUUUGAGUAGCGUGCUAGUUUUAACACAUUGCUUGCUAUAAAUGGUAGCAACUGAAGUUAGUCUUGAUAAAUUCGCCUUUUCAAAUGUAUUAGAACAUACUUAGUGAAUGUACCUUGUAUAGAUUUGCAGUUCUAUGUUAAUUGCUCUAGUGUUUCUGCUUACUAUGAAGGUGAGUUUGACAAAUACAUUCAAGUUGAUGCUAAGUCAAGAGGAAAGAAAAGCAUUUUCUCACCUAGGAUAAUUUAAAACCAAAUCAAACUGGGAUUUUUGCAUAAAGAAUGCUGACCAUACUGUGAAUAGAUGAUUUCUUCCCUGCAUCACAUACAUCUCUGUGCCUCUGGAUAUGUAAGCAUUCUUAAUUGCUGCCCUGGAGGCUUAUUGAUACACUGGAUGUUCAGUGUUUAAAUAGAACGCACCUAGGAGUUUGUAACUGCUUGAAAGAGAGCACAAUUGUGAUAUUUAUAUCCCUCAGUAGUUAUUUGUGUGAGACAAAUUGGUUAGAAGGCAGUCCCCAGGUAAUACCAAUGCCUUUUCCUGGAGCCUUUUUCCUAAGGCAUAUUUGAAGCCUGUUAAUAAUCCUGUUCUCUGCAUUUUAGUGAAGUGAUGGCAGCUUGGGUCAGCAGUGGUGUGUGUUCCUUCACUUCUCUCCACUGCCUUUAUCCUUCCAGUAUUACUACUGACAUCCCCUUUUUAUGCAGUUGUCAUCUGCCUUCUUGUUAUUAAGGCCCAGAUUCUCAAAGAACUGAGUUUUCUAAUUCUUAGUAAAUUCAUGAGAACCAAGUUCUGAAACAAUAAUUGAAAAAGACUUCAGCAUUUUGAAGAUUUCAGCCUAUGUGUUCUCAUUGUGUGUUCCUGAUUUAGCCCUGCAGUGACAUUCAUGCACGGUAAGUAUUUGUUACCUUCAUGCUUGCUCUGUUCAUACUCAGGUGUUUAGUCUUCAGUUAUGACAGAUGGCAUUAUUAAUUAGAAUGAACCUCUCCCAUACAGGGGGAGAUUAACUAAGAUUAUGAAUCAGGUCAUACUUCCUAGUUAGAAAGCUAUUGAGAAGAAAGCUUUUUGAGAGAUUGUAAAUGGACUUCUUCAUCCCUUUUAUGUAGGGGAAAAUUGCUGCAUUACGAGAAGACACAAAAUCAUGUGAAGAAGAGGACCUUAGGCCUGCAGAUUGCAAGAUUGACAUUCAAAUGUAAGUUCCCUGAAGGAUAAAGUCCUAUGAAAUUGCAGCAAUAAUUGAAAGCAGGCGCAGCAUCCUCCUGUGUGUGGGGAGCAAUAGGAGUUGAGAUGAAUUCUCAUCAUACAACCAAGUACCAUGUGACCUCAAACGUUUCUUCAUCUGCUGUGUUGAAACAAGCAGAGGGAAGGCGCUUGGCGUUGCUACUCCCGAGUUUCAGCAGCAUGGCGCACAUAUUGAAGACACUCAACAGCUGGUUCUGGUGGGAAAAUAUCUGGAUGCCCAUCAACGUCACGUGGGCACAUUUUGUAGACCGUGAUGGACUUGUCUUUCCAAAAGCACAUCAGUUAUAUGCCACAAUUCCAUAUGCUUUUGUAUUGCUGAUUAUCCGGUUCUUCAGUGAAAGAUACAUUGCUAUACCUCUAGCAAAAGCCUUAGGUAUAAAGAAUGUAAGACGUGUGAAGCCACAGCCUAAUCCUGUUUUAGAGAGUUAUUUCCGGGAGUGCUCAAAACAUCCAUCCCAAUCAGAUAUUCAAGGCCUUGCCAAGAAGUGCAACUGUACUGUCCGCUUGGUGGAAAAGUGGUUCAGGAGACGGCGAAACCUGGAGAUCCCAACAGUGCUUCGGAAAUUCCAGGAAGCUUUCUGGCGAUUUUCAUUCUAUCUCACAUCCUCCAUUGCUGGAUUUAUAUUUCUGUAUGAUAAACCGUGGUUUUACGACAUCUGGCAGACGUGGGUUGGCUACCCAUUUCAGACCCUGCUGCCAUCCCAGUAUUGGUACUACAUGGCUGAGAUUAGUUUUUACUGGUCUCUCUUAUUUACACUGGGGAUUGACAACAGAAGGAAGGAUUUUCUGGCUCAUGUCGUUCAUCACUUGGCAGCCAUUGGGUUGAUGAGUGGCUCUUGGUGCGCUAAUUACGUGCGUCUGGGGACGCUGGUGAUGUUUGUGCACGAUACUGCAGAUUUCUGGCUUGAGGCAGCCAAAAUGUUUAAUUACGCUCACUGGGAGAAAACCUGCAAUAUGCUCUUUAUCAUCUUUUCUAUUGCAUUCUUCAUCACAAGAAUCAUCCUGUUUCCCUUCUGGAUUCUUCGUGCCACGUUGUAUCAGCCUACGUUCUACUCCACGACUCCUGUCAUAGCAUAUUUUCUGUUCAAUGGGCAGCUGUUGAUCCUCCAAGGCUUGCAUUUAUACUGGGGUUACUUAAUUCUCAAGAUUUUGAAAAGGUUCAUUUUCUUAAAGGACUUGAAAGAUGAUCGAAGUGAUGAAGAGGAGGAAGAUUCUGUUACAGAUAAUGAAGAGGAGUCCAUAAAGAAUGGCAACAAGAACAGCUGUGGGUCAAGCAAACAUCUCCUAAGCAGCAGUCACCACUAGCCCCUUUCUGCCUCACCUCCUGCAGUGAUUUCUGCUCUGGUUUUAACCCAACCUACAGGAUAGAAUUUAAGUCAAAAUUCUUAUGAGAGACUGUGAUUGAUUUAUUGUUGGCUACUGGACCUGGAAAAAAGCCCAGUCUAGAGGGAAGGGAAAAAUUGUGUAACGUGUUAAUGACCCGCUUUGAGAAUCAUUGUGAAGUGUUGGGAAAGACGUUUGGACACACUGAGUGACAGUGCUCCACAAGGUCAAAGCUCAAGAGCCUCACAUCAUUUAGUGUCCCAAUUCUAACACUGUUUUUCAAUCUGGUAUAAGAUCUGUUUCACCAAAUGGUUUAAUUCACAAAUGUUUUGUGGUAGGUAAGGAGUGUGAAUUCCAUUAGGAACCAAAAUUACUCAAUGUGGGAAAAAUUUGACAGUGGUGUACAGUGCAUUUUAGUCUUUAGUUUUCAGUUUAAACCCUCAUCAAAAUAGCUAUUUUUUGGGUUAGAUUUCAUUUCCUGAAGGCCAGUGGAAGCUAACACAAAGGAAGACAAAUUACUUGCCUCUGAAGAGCUGGCUUCACUGCAGAAAUAUAGUCUUUCUCCAAAAUAUGCUGUAUGAUAGAUGGCUCAAAAAUUGUGUUCUGAGAUUUACCUGUCAAGGAAAUCACUGUUAAAAUAGCAAAACUCAGCCUCAAUUCUCCAUUGGGCUCUGGGUUUCAUCUCUGUCAUUCUGGCCUCGUCUUAGGAGCAAGUCCACUAAGUUCUGUUUUGUGGUUCCUGUGUGUUCACUGCAUGUAUCUGGGCUCUGGGGGAGCAUGGGACUAACAGGGAAUGUCAUGUUGUCAGUGCUGUGAAUUCAUUUGAUACCAGGAUCUGUAUUUCUAUCUCUGCUCUUUCUGAAAGGCAGGAAUCACGUUGGCUAGAGCUAAAUGUGGAUGCGUGUGACUUAGGCCACAUACCGUUGUUUGUGCUGUAAGAAGUGUCAUGAUUGAAGGAACAGUGGAUGUUUCAUCAGCUUCUCUUACCAAAAGUGCCUCUGUCUUAUGUUUGCACUUUUGUUCUAAGGCUAGCGCAGAGUGAAGCAGCUUUUUUAGUCCUGGGGCUUUCCAAGGAGAGCCUUGGGCCUUUUAAAUAGGGUGGUGCCAGUCUCAUUUCCAGAUGCAUUAGCUCACAAAGUUGUAAGUGAUUUGUGUCAUGAGUUUUAGAGGUGAGAGGCUCUCUAUGUGGUUCUACAGUAGCUGAGAUCAUCUGGUGAACUAAAUCCAGUAGCUUGAUAGAGACCAGGGGACCACUGCUGCAACAGCCUUAAUGCUGAGCUUUUGGUUUGGAAAGGUUCUUUUCCCCUUACAGCUGCUCAGGCAGGAGCUUGGUGACCUAUGGGAAGCACCAUAUGACUGACUUGUUUUCUCAAGAUUUCCUUGGCAAAGAGGGAUAAAGUUCAGUGAAAGAAUGGGAAAUGUUUGGCAUCUCAGAUAUGAAGAGUGAAGUUUGUUCCGUGCAGUUACAAGGAGCUAUAGGAGUACUUCAUUACAGAGGCUGGCGAUGUGAAAGUAUCUUCAUACGGUCUGGUCAACUAGGCCGUCUUUAAUUUUGUACUUAUAUUUUGCACCAUGUAAUAUGUUUAUGUUUCACCACAAAGAGAACUUACUGAGAAAGGAGAAUGGCCUCCAGCUUCUGAGAAGGAUGGAAAUGUGCAGUAGUGGAAUGGAACUCCUGUGGUUAAGAAGGGCUUCUUGGGCUGAGCAGGCAGAAUUCCCUUGGUAGCUCUUGUAUAGCAGUGUGCUUCCUUACAUAGCUGUGGAGAAUACCUUAAAUACUGCAGUGUGGUUUUAUUGGAAGUGUAAGUACUUAUUACAUCAUCUAAAGCAACUGGUGAGUUUGGCAGGGUCACAGUUGCUUAUCAGGGCCUGUUUAUUGCCUACAUGAAAAGAACUGGCCUUUCCUGACAAAACGUAGAAACCCGACAUCUCGGAGGCUUUACACUCCCUUUGAGAGCAGUGGAGACAGCGAUGCUUUCUUCAAGACAUAACAGGGGUUUGAGAGGUGGCCAGGGUAUUAUCAUUUCAUUUUGGUGCCAAAAAAACGUUCCUGCUAUGAGUAGGAAGGGAAUUCGGGAAAGGAAACAUGAAGAAUGAAGUUGUCACAGGAGUGAGCCUCUGAACAACUACUGAGUUUUACACUAGAAUUUAUAGUCUGGUUCAGGGCAAAUCUUGCCCUUCCUACUCGGACAAGUCUCCCACUGAAGCCAAUUAACUCCACUGGAGUCUUGCCUAGGAAAAAUUUUGGACUGCAGUUAUCCAGCUUAAUUACAAGACCUGUUGUUUUAAAUCGAUGUGAAACUAGGAUCUUAGAGGAAGAGUAAAAGGUAGAUAAAGACAUUCAAACAUCAAGUAUUGAGGCAAAGUUUUGGUGAAUACAGAGGAAAAUAUCCUGAAGGUGAAGGUUGAGUCUAAGCACAGUAAAAAACCAAAUAACUACAUCACACUGCAGUUAGGGUCAUGGGACCUCCUGGGGGUUACUGUGAAGCCCAUCUGAAGUGAUGAGACAUGAAAACUCUGAAUGUAAACCACUAGGCACUGGGCAUGAAUACCCACAGCAUGGAAAGAAGUGGAAACAGACUGUCCCAGUUGGACUGGACACAUGAGAUUUGUCAUUCCGGAUGUUACAUGUGUUUCAUCUUCUACUACUCAUGGUUAGAAACUCAGAAACAAGAAGCUGAGGUCGUGGGGAACAUGAUUCAUGCUAAAUAAAUUGAUGUCAUGGUGCUUCCAUAUUUUCACUCUAUUCAAUGCUCUUAACUUUUUAUUGCUACUGUGUAAAGAGUCUCCAAAUGGAAGUGCAGCACAGUUGGAGGUAAUGUGUGUGAGCACAGGUGCUAGACUACAUUACUUUUACCCUUUGAUGGUAAAAGUGGGUCCUGGUUUAAUGCUUUGAUGCUGUCUGGUUCUGCUGUGUCACUUUGACCAUGCCAAAAUACUUAUGGUUGAAUUAAGGACUGAAAAUGAAAUCUUAGUCCAUUGGACUCAUCGGAAUCUCUUCUGUUGCUUUUAAUCCUCUGAGUUUUGGUCAGGUUCUCCUGUUCAUGUACCCCAUGCUGCCUCUGUACCUUUUUACUACAUAGAUUUACCAAUCUACUUGGAUUUGAUUUACAGAGCUCCUUUACUCCACAGAACUCAUUUUGUCAAUGUGUAUUACUCAGGAUAAUUACCUUUAUUUGUUCUUAA